AUGAUCAGUACGACGAAUGAUACAUUACUACUAAAUGGAAUACCCACAAAUAAAGAGAGUUCGCGACCUUUGACGAAUAUAUCUACACACGAACAUAUAUCAGAUGAUGAACAAAGUGAUGAAGGAAGUGAGACAUCCUUAGUUGGCUACAUAUCAAUAAGGGAUUUUGCAUAUGAAGAAUCAAAUCCGUUACACUAUGGAUAUUAUGAUGAUGGUUUGGACGAAACAGAAGAUGUAACAGAUAUCGGUGGGUAUAUAGGCGACGAUUCAUAUACAAAUGAAUACGAAGGAGAGGGAGAUGAAGAUGUAGAAGAAGAUAAAGAAGAUAUUGGAAGACGGCAAAGUGUGAUACUACCGAAUGACUACAUUGUGAAUAAAAGGGCAAUUGCACUAUAUAGUUUUAAACCAGAAAACGACAAUGAACUGGGUUUUGAGGAAGGGGACACAUUAUUUAUAAGUUAUAGACAUGGCCAAGGGUGGCUAGUUGCUGAGAACCAAGAGAGAAAUAAAACAGGAUUGGUACCAGAGGAAUUUGUAUCUUUUGUCGAACCCAACCAAGAGGAUGAAGAUGAGGAUAAUACAUUAGCGCGUCCAUUCUACCUUACACAAUUCAUAACUAAGGGACUAUGCCCGUCUCAAGACGAUAUCGAAGGUGCAGAUGACGUAGACGAUAAUGAAGAAGAGUGGGAAGAUAUUGAUCAUUUGGAAUCAAAUCUAAAGGAAAACUUAACAAUACAAGAGUCAAACACUGGAAAUUAG